AUGGGGGCAGGAGCGCUCACCAUCUGUCACAACAAGGCUGCGGUACAGAUCAAGCAAGACAUGAAGAAGAUGGUCCAGUUGCCCAUGCUGAGGGGGACCUCCAGGGGACCUCGAGGAGUGGAGGCCAGGGGCGCUAGGCUGUUCGGCGUGUCCCUGCUGGAGCUCAGGGAGCUGGGCCUCGUGAAGGAUGGCGUGCCCCUGGUGGUGCGGAGCAUGGUAGAGUUCCUACGAGAACAUGCUCUUCAUCAUGAGGGUCUGUUCAGGGUCAACGGUAAUGUACGGGCGGUGGAGGGGCUGAAACAGCGGCUGGAGAACGGUGAGGACGUGGACUUCCUGGUUGAGGCGGAUGUGUGUACAGUGGCCAGCUUGUUCAAACAGUACCUCAGGGACCUGCCAGAAGGCCUGGUAGACUCCACCGUACAGCCUGCCCUUAUAAAGCAGCACCAGGAGUCCAGUGAGGAUGGUUUCUGCUCAGACCUGAGGGUCUUACUCCACCAGUUGCCAGACGUCCACUACGGCCUCCUACAGUACCUCUGUCUCUUCCUCACCCAGGUGGACCAGCGCCACAGGGAGAACCGCAUGACCGCUCUCAAUCUGGCAACUGUCUUCGGCCCCAAUGUCUUCCAUGUGUCCUCUGGGUUCGAUGGGAUCCAGGAGCAGAACAUCUGUAAUAAGAUCAUGGCAAAGCUGAUCCAGAACUACAGCAGCAUAUUCAACAACAACCACCAAGAUGACGACCAUAAAGAAGAGCACUGUGUCUUCAAUAGAGAUGGAGACAGAGGAGAAUACAUAGAGGAAUCUCUACCCUCUAACAUCAUCAUUGUUAAAGUGAGGAAAGUAAAGCGUGAGACAGCAACGGUGCUCCGAGCUGUGCCCCUUCCCAGUCUCUCUCCUGGGCUGCCCUCUGUGAGGCCCCUGGUCCUUCCCGUUCCCCUGGCUCCGGAGGUGAGGAGCCCCAGCCCUGAGAGGAUGGAGCUGACCCCACCGGGGGCCCCACAGGACCCUCAGGGACCAGCCACGGACGCCUGGGACGUCAGCGCAGUCAAGACCAUGGAGGUCCUGAACAGCAACCACCUCUCAUCUGUCCAGUGUAGCUCUGACCUGACUAAUGUUCUGGAGAGGACCAUCAGGUCGGCAGUGGAGCAGCAUCUCUUCGAUGUGCACAUGUGCGGAGGAGGUCAAAGUACGACGGAGGAUUCCGAGUCGACCGGGUGCUCCUCGUCGCCCGAGGUAACCCCGACGGCACGGCAGAGACGUCGGCACCAGAGGGAGCAGGAAGAGGCUCAGAGACACCGGGACAGGAGCAGAUCCUCGUCUCUGAGGGAAGGAGACAUCAACAAGGAGAACAUCCCAGCGGCCGGCAGCGUUAGCGGAACUAGCAGCUGUGGCGUUAGCGUGGGUGAGGAAGGAGUAAGGAGUGACUACCAGACUAGCCAGGGAGGGCUCCACCACGAGGGCCCCAGACCCAGGAAGUCUAAACACUGCCACCAGAGCCCCACGCUUGGCCAGCUUAGUGACAACCAGGACCCCCACGCGCUAGAAGAAUGCAUAUCAAGAGUACAUGACAAAGCCGGGACAAACAACAUGGAGUCAUCAGACAACCGAAAUGGCAGUCAAAGAAAGGACCCCAGUCGUCCUCUAACUCCUUCAUGGACACGACUCAGUAGUAUGAAGAUCCAGGAGCUGCCUAGUAGCUGUGAAACGGCCGACAGGAGGGGGGUCAUCGGCCGGAGUUCGGACCAGGAAUGUGGCGAGGACGUACCCCGCUUGGACCUGUCAGCGCUGACCGACGAUAACAACUGGGGAGAGCCAGUCCCGGCCUACUCGUCGUGGCAACGGGAGAGUAUGGACAGCGAGGAGGCGUGCAUUUCGCCCCAAGUGGAGGGCCGCCUGAUUCGCCAGCUGAUUGAAGAGGACAGCGACCCCAUGCUGUCCCCCCGUUUCCACGCCUACGGUCAUUGCCAGCAGUACAUAGAUGACACCGAGGUGCCACCCUCGCCGCCCAAUGCACACUCCUUUGCCAGUCGGAGAAGGAGUUCCUCUCUGGGCUCCUGCGGUGACGACGACCAGCAAGAGCUGACCUCAGUCCAGCUCUCCAAGAAGAUCCACGGUCUCAAGAGGAAGAUCCACAAGUACGAGGAGAAGUUUGAGGAGGAGCGCAAAUACAGGCCCUCACACAGUGACAAGGCUGACAACCCAGAGGUCCUGAAGUGGAUGAAUGAACUGGCCAAGCUCCGCAAAGACCUGAAAGAGCACAAGCUCCACAAGUCUGAGGAGGACCUCCCUCCGCUGACCCGCCAACGCAGCAACACCCUGCCCAAGAGCUUUGGCUCCCAGCUGGAGAAGAAGCCCCAACAGGAGAAGGCGCCCAAGCCCCCGGUAGAGAACACCCUGGAGGGCGUCCAGAACAAGCUGCAGGAGAAGAGGGACGAGGUGGGGCGCCCCGAGGACGUCAAGGAUAUGACCCGGGAGCAGAUUGGCGCUGAGAAGGUGGCCUUACAGAAGGCUCUCCUGUACUACGAAGGCAUCCACGGUAGACCAGUUACCAAGACUGAGAGACAGAUCAUGAAGCCGCUGUACGACAGAUACCGCCUGGUCAAACAGAUCCUCUGCAGAGCUUCCACCAUCCCCGUCAUUGCCUCCCCCUCCAGCAAACGCAGAGGUCCUCUACUUCAGCCCAUUAUCGAGGGCGAAGCCGCGCUCUUCUUUGACGACAUCAAGGAAGAGGAGGAUGGCUCUGAGGAUGACUCUGAGUCCAACAACAAGCCCCAGUGCCAGAUCACAGGGACAGUGCGUCCAGACUUCAGUAUGCUGGGCUUCCUGGACCAGCUGGAGGAGGAGACGGACGGCUUCAUCUCGCCCGUAGACGAGCUCUCGCCCUCCAAGAACACCACCGACAUGCGUCUGUCCAACCUGCAUUCGGCCACCAUGCCGGAACUAGUGGAGCAGCUACAAGAUGCCCGGGAGGAGAAAAAGAGAAUCCGCAAGAACCUAAGAGAGUUUGAAGAUCAAUUCUUCAGGCAAAACGGCAGAAACGUGCAGAAGGAAGACCGCUCCCCUUUGGCGGUAGAGUAUAACGAAUACAAGCACAUCAAAGCCAAGCUUAAGCUGAUAGAGGUUCUCAUCAGCAAAGGAGAUGCCUCUAAGUUCCUCUAAAGAAAAUAAAACAUCAAAGACUGACAGAGGAAUGAAUGAGGCUCCGUCUCAAUAAGAGAUGGACCACACCAGCCCAUGGAAAGGAAAACCAUCCAUAGCAAAACAGAUACACCUCAUCAUCCCUCACAAUAUUUGUAUUUUCUUUCUUGUGCCAAUUGUGCCAUAGACACAUUUGGCUUCAGGAGAUGCCAACAUGUUGCCCCCUGAUGAAUCCCAACUGUAGAAGGGAAACGGUAUGGCUUAGUUACUGACCUGAGAGGAGUUGGAACUGACAUGUAGGUGCUGCCCUGGAGGCUACUCCAUCUUGUCUGUUGUUUCCCUCGUAGAGAAGAAGAACCCCGGAACUCAAAAUGUCAGGCAUCUUUGAAUGAAUACUAACCUAACGUAGCAGGCCUUAAAAGACGCCUGAGCAGAGUCCCCACAUCGGUUUUUCAGAGAAGUGGAGGAAAAUACUGUAUCCCUGAAAACCGGAAACAUCCGCAUUUUCCUGCCCCCGCAGAGUGGACCAAAACCAACCUUUUUUCAAAGGAAUAUAUUUUUAUUUUUUUUGUGCAUCUUGAUAUUGAUUGAUACCAAGAACUACCCUACAUUGAAUAGUCAUCACUAAUUUAAAGUAUACAUUUACGAAGAGUGUUGUAUUGAUUUAAUUUAUUUUUCUUCCUUUGAAUGUUUAUAUGGUAGUUCAUAUAGACUUUUAUAUUGGAUUUUUUUUUAAGUCUUAAAAUGUGGAGUAUAACAUUAGAUUUGGGAUUAUGUACUUUAAGGUAUUGCCAUUUUGAGAAACAAGAUUUUGUAAUCAGAAAAAUUAAAUGAGGGGAUUGUGUAUUUUUGUAAGGGAGACAGACAGUUACAUGCAAACAACCAAUCAGAGAGCCAGUCUAGCAGAGUUCAGCCAAUUUAUGGAUUUUUUAAAUGUAACUCAUGAUUGGUGCCAUAUGCCACAUUCACGUGCAAGUCGGAACUAGGAAACUCUGAAAUUUUCGACUUGCAAACUAGUUGAACGCUGCACAUGUAUAAAUACAACCAGUUAGCAAGUUGAACAUUUCUGACUUUCCUAGUUCCGACUAGCACGUGAACGCGGCAAUAAUCUCAAUGUUAACCUAGGAAAAACACACUUGUUGUCAUCAUCAAUGCUUAUAUUUGUUUGUUUCCAGAAAUUGUGUGUAUUUUUAGCAAAGCUAUGAGGAAAUGUCAGAGGAGUGUUCAUUUGUUUAAACUGAGAACUAGAAUGCAGAACAAAUAGUCUAUGAUCCAAAGAAAAUGACUCAGAUUGCAUACCAAAAUAGUGUAGUGGAUCAAUGUAUACAAUUUCAUGAAUUAUUGUGAUCAUGGUCGUCAGUCACUUAUGAAUUUGACUGCUUGUAUAUUAUUUUGCAUUGGUGUGUUUUCUUUUCCUAUUCACUUUGUGUGAAGUAAGCUAUCCUGUCUUGAAAUCUGUGGUAUAUUUUUGCUCGCACUUUUCAACACCAACAAGGGUCAUUUUGUGUGGAACAUCCAUCCUUAAAGAAAAGUCCCAAUAACUAUCAAAAUGGCCACCAAUCCCCAACGCAGAACCUUCAAUACUCAACCAAGGCAUGCUGCUUUCUUUAUGUAGGUAUUUUAUCAUAGCCUAUUUGUUCCUUGUAAAUAUGGAUCCAGAUCUAUGUUUACAUUGCUAAGUGAGCAAGUACAUUUUUCCUUUUUUCUCCAAAAUGGAUCAUUUUAACAGUGUGACUUUCGUUUUUAUUGAAUGUAAAACACUGGUGGACAUAAUGAAUUAUGGGUGUGUACAUUUUAGUACAUAAAUUGUAUAUAUAAAACCAAACAUAUUUUUACUGAG